AUGGCAUUGUCAAAUCAAAAUGGUCCUGUCAGACCUACCUUUUCACGUUCUUCUAGCAAUUUUGCCCAGCCCAACGGGUUCCCUGCCCCCCCAGUCACGUUCAUCCCCAUCAAAGACGAUGUCGCAGCACCAGAUCCAGUCGAUGCUGUUUUGGAGCUGAGUGACGGUUCUGCUUUUCGUGGCAUUAGUUUCGGUGCGCAGGAUAAAAGCAUCGCUGGCGAGUGUGUUUUCCAGACCGGUAUGGUUGGAUAUACCGAGUCUUUGACUGAUCCAUCAUAUCGAGGUCAGAUUCUUGUUUUAACCUACCCUCUCAUCGGAAAUUACGGUGUGCCAGCCCGUAAUGUACAAAAUGCAGUCGAUGGUCUCCCUUUGGAUUUCGAGUCUUCUCUCAUACAUAUUGCCGCUCUUGUGGUCGGUUCAUAUUCUGAAGAUUACAGCCAUUUCUUGGCAAAUUCAUCUCUUGGGACUUGGCUCAAAGAAAAUAAUAUCCCAGCUAUUUACGGAGUGGACACACGCGCCCUCACCAAAAAAAUUCGCGAGAAGGGUUCCAUUCUAGGAAAAGUCCUCGCCAGAAGGUCGGAUGCGCCCCGAGGCCGUCUACGCUCUCUCAUUCCGGAAUCACAACCAACCUCACGCGCAUCUUCCCCUCCUGCACCCUUGUCUUGGAGAGAAGACUAUCUUGAUGUUCCCUUUCAUGACCCCAACCAAGAUAAUCUCGUUGCAGCCGUGUCGCUCAGUACUCCACGCCUGUUCAAACCCAUCGUCAAAGCGCACUUACACCCCUCCGGACGUCCUCUUCGUGUGCUAGCCAUAGAUGUCGGCAUGAAGUAUAACCAGAUCCGUUGUUUUAUAAAUCGAGGUGUCGAGCUGAAAGUUGUGCCUUGGGACUAUGACUUUGUAAACGAAUCUGAACCGUACGAUGGACUAUUUCUGUCCAACGGCCCCGGCGAUCCCACUACAAUCAAAAUUACUAUUGAUAGGCUUGCUCAAGCCAUGAAAAAGGGCGAUCGGCCUAUAUUUGGUAUCUGUCUUGGCCACCAACUGAUGGCCCUCGCUGUUGGCGCGUCAACAUCUAAAAUGAAAUACGGUAACCGGGGCCAUAACAUUCCCUGCACCGACGCCCUGUCCGGAAGGUGUUACAUCACCAGCCAAAACCACGGGUUCGAAGUAGACGCUGCUACUCUACCUCAGGGGUGGAAAGAGCUCUUCAAGAAUGCCAACGAUGGUAGCAAUGAAGGAAUUUAUUGCGAGGAUAAACCCUUUUUCUCUGUUCAGUUUCACCCAGAGUCGACGCCUGGCCCUCGUGACACAGAAUUUUUGUUUGACGUUUUCAUUCAAAACAUUCUGGAUUGCAUUUCGGCGAAUUCUCUCGUUCCUAUUUCUCUUCCCGGAGGUAAAAAGGAGGACAAUGAUAAACGUGCUCCUCAUGCCAAUGUACAAAAGGUACUUAUUUUGGGUUCGGGAGGUCUGUCUAUUGGACAGGCAGGCGAGUUCGACUACUCGGGUUCGCAGGCUAUCAAAGCCCUCAAAGAAGAGGGCAUAUUCACCAUCCUCGUCAAUCCAAACAUUGCUACUAUCGCAACCUCGAAAGGCCUUGCCGAUAAAGUAUACUUUUUGCCUGUUACCCCGGAAUUUGUUCGCAAAAUCAUCAAAUAUGAACAACCGGAUGGCAUUUACGUGACAUUUGGUGGACAAACGGCGCUGAAUGUGGGAAUCAAGCUCAAGGAUGAGUUUGCUGCCUUGGGAGUCAAAGUGCUUGGAACUCCAAUCGAAACUAUCAUCACCACAGAGGACAGACAGCUGUUUGCACAAGCCAUGGAGGAUAUUGGGGAGCGUUGUGCGCAAUCGAGUACAGCGACUACCCAGGAUGAAGCGGUUUGUGCAGCACGGGAGAUUGGAUACCCUGUUAUCGUUCGCGCGGCGUAUGCUCUAGGUGGUUUAGGAUCCGGUUUCGCUCAAGAUGAAGCGCAACUUCGCGCAUUAUGUAGCAAGGCAUUUGCGACUAGCCCUCAAGUUCUCGUAGAGAAGAGUAUGAAAGGUUGGAAGGAAAUAGAAUACGAAGUUGUUCGGGAUUGCCGUGAUAACUGUAUCACCGUCUGCAAUAUGGAAGUGCCGAGUUAUCCUCAGAACUUCGAUCCCCUUGGCAUCCACACUGGGGACUCCAUCGUUGUGGCUCCUUCUCAAACAUUAUCUGACGCAGACUACAACAUGCUUCGGACUACUGCGAUCAAUGUCAUCAGACAUCUGGGCGUAGUCGGCGAGUGCAAUAUCCAAUAUGCGCUGAAUCCAACUUCUCGCGAGUAUUGUAUCAUCGAAGUCAAUGCACGUCUUUCUCGCUCUUCUGCCCUAGCUUCAAAAGCAACGGGAUAUCCUCUCGCAUUCAUCGCUGCCAAACUUGGUCUCAACAUUCCGCUCAACGAAAUCAAGAAUUCAGUGACCAAGGUCACAAGCGCUUGCUUCGAACCUAGUCUUGAUUAUGUCGUAGUCAAAAUCCCUCGCUGGGACUUGAAGAAGUUCAAUCGCGUCAGCCGACUUCUCAGCAGCAGCAUGAAGAGUGUGGGUGAGGUAAUGAGCAUCGGUAGGACUUUCGAAGAGACGAUACAGAAGGCUAUUCGCGCAAUCGACGACCAAUUUGCUGGAUUUGCCAAGAAUGACUUUGUAGAAGAUAUCGACGAAGAGCUUGUUAAUCCUACCGACAAGCGCAUAUUUGCGAUAUCUACUGCUUUCCACCGUGGUUAUAGUGUGGACAAAAUCUGGCAAAUGACUAAUAUCGAUAAGUGGUUUUUGACUAAGCUCCAGCAUAUCUUCAAGAUGGAGAAAAGCCUCUCGGAGUCCAAUGUUUCGAACAUAACGCCAGACAUUCUUUUGCAAGCAAAACAACUCGGAUUCUCUGAUCGGCAGCUUGCUACCUGCUUAGGGUCUACAGAGCUUGCAUUGCGUAGGCUCCGCCAAGAAAGUGGAAUUGCUCCAUUUGUCAAACAAAUCGAUACCGUUGCUGCAGAAUUCCCCGCAUUCACGAACUACCUUUAUACCACAUAUAAUGCUGUGGAACACGAUAUCACAUUCGAUGAUCGUGGUAUCAUGGUACUAGGGUCUGGUGUAUAUCGAAUUGGCUCUUCUGUCGAGUUUGACUGGUGUGCCGUUCGAGCCAUCAGGACCUUACGCGAACAAGGAUUCCCCACCAUCAUGGUCAAUUACAAUCCGGAAACUGUCAGUACGGAUUAUGACGAAGCUGACAAACUUUACUUCGAGAACAUCAGCUUGGAAACGAUACUCGAUAUUUACGAUACAGAACGCUCACGAGGAGUCAUCUUAUCCAUGGGUGGGCAAACACCGAAUAAUAUCGCCCUUCCACUCCACCGACAGAAUGUUAAGAUAUAUGGAACUUCUCCUGAAAUGAUAGACACUGCGGAAAAUAGGUACAAAUUCUCGCGUCUCUUGGAUGAGAUAGGAGUGGACCAGCCUCUGUGGAAAGAACUUACCAGCUUUGAAGAAGCUCAUUCCUUCUGCGACACUGUUGGUUACCCAGUCCUUGUACGACCAUCAUACGUAUUGUCAGGAGCCGCAAUGAACGUCGUCUCUACUGGAGAUGAUCUUUCUAAUUAUCUCACACAAGCAACUGCCGUCUCGCGCGAACAUCCUGUGGUGAUUACCAAAUAUAUCGAGCAAGCCAAGGAGAUUGAGAUGGAUGCUGUUGCAAAGGAUGGGAAGAUGGUUAUGCACUUCAUUUCAGAACACGUGGAGAAUGCUGGAGUCCACUCUGGAGAUGCCACGUUAAUACACCCUCCUCAGGACCUGGAUCCUGCGACUGUCCGCCAGAUUGAAGAAGCCACAGCAAAGAUCGGAAACGCUCUUAACGUGACUGGGCCAUUUAACAUUCAAUUUAUAGCCAAGAACAACGAAAUCAAGGUCAUUGAAUGCAACCUUCGUGCAGCGAGAUCUUUCCCCUUUGUCUCUAAGGUCACUGGCAUCGACGCCAUCGAAAUGGCAACAAAGGUCAUGAUCGGCCUGCCUGUGGAGUCGUACCCCGACCCUGGGCUUCCACACGAUUACGUCGGUGUGAAGGUGCCACAAUUCAGUUUCAGUCGUCUUUCUGGUGCCGAUCCAGUCCUUGGUGUAGAAAUGGCCUCUACUGGCGAAGUUGCUUGUUUCGGUCGUGAUAAGUAUGAAGCUUAUCUCAAGGCUCUGAUAUCCACAGGAAUUGUUCCUCCAAAGAAGAAUAUUCUCUUCUCCAUUGGUAGCUACAGGGAGAAACUCGAAAUUCUUCCUUCGGUGCAGAAACUACAUGCUGCCGGAUAUAACAUCUUCGCUACCUCAGGUACAGCUGAUUUCUUGACAGAGCAUAAUGUUCCCUGCAAGUACCUUGAAACCCUUGGCGAGGAUAGCAGUGACAAGCAGAAAUCGGAGUAUUCGCUUACUCAGCAUCUAGCGAACAAUCUCAUCGAUAUGUAUAUCAAUCUUCCCUCGAAGAACCACUAUCGUCGUCCUGCUAGCUAUACUAGCAAAGGUUACCGCACCCGUCGUAUGGCUGUUGACUUUGCUGUACCUUUGAUCACGAACGUGAAAAAUGCGAAGCUACUUGCUGAGGCACUGGUUCGCAAGCUCCCUUUGGAUGUAUCGACUGUCGAUUCCAAGAGUUCUCACAUGACCCACAUAUUCCCUGGACUGAUCAACAUUGCUGCCUUUGUGCCACAGCUGAUAACCCAAAGCAGCGACUUCACCCAGAUGACGAAGGCCUCCGUAUGUGGAGGUUUCACUACGUCCUUGGUCAUUCCAAUAGGCAGUGACGGGGAGAUCACAGACGGGAAAUCGCUCGAAUCUGUUCACAAGAGCGCAGCAAACUCUGCCCACUGCAAUUAUGCGCUUAGUAUAACAGCGAAUGUGGACAAUUCCCAGGCAUUGGACGAGGAAAUCCGCGCCGACCUCAAGUCUCUUUUCAUUCCAUUCCAUGUGGGUAAAGUUCCCACUCAGGUCUCAACCGUUGCGGCCCAUUUCGCUUCUUGGCCGGCCGAAAAGCCUAUCAUGACUGAUGCAAGGGGAUCAGACCUUGCUUCAGUGCUCCUGCUUGCAAGUCUUCACAAUCGCAGUGUUCAUAUCACAGAUGUCAGGAGCAAAGAAGAUCUUUUGUUGAUUUCUCUCAGCAAGGCCAAACAACUCAAGGUUACCUGCGAUGUUUCAGUCUUUGGAUUGUUUUUUGCCCGUGAACAAUAUCCUCAGUCCACUUCUUUGCCGACAUCGGAUGAUCAGAAAACGUUGUGGGAGAACUUGGAUGUCAUAGAUGCUUUCUCAGUUGGUGGCGUACCCUAUCGCCUGACCUCCGACUUGAAUGAGCAAUCAUCUCCCUGGUCUGGGGUAGAAGAAACACUGCCGCUCUUGCUAACAGCCGUCAUGGACGGUCGACUAACAUUUGAUGAUAUACGCCAACGUCUUCAUGACAACCCCAUUCGCAUAUUUGGAUUGCCGGAACAAAACAACACUCAUGUGGAAGUCGUCAUUGGUCGACGAACACUGUUUGGUAAGCGUACGACAUGUUGGUCACCCCUGGAACAAGGCCCGGUAUCAGGAUCACUGCACAGAGUUGUAGUACAUGGUCAAACUCUAUACCUUGAUGGUGCACUUUCAUCUUCGCCUUCUGGCAGAGAUAUAUCGAGUGCCACCAUUACCCAUACAGCUACGGACAGGUCUUCUACUAACCUUCCAGCACCAAAACCGGAACUUGGAAUUGCCGGCUCAGCGGUCGUUAAAGCUUCAGACGCUCUUGCUCAGCCUCACCUCGCGCCGCUGGUUUCAACCUCGCAUCCACAGACAAAUGCCUCGUCUAUUUCUAGCAUUAUGUCUCAUGGACCCCAUCCUGCUUUCCACCGCAGGCAUAUUUUGUCUGUGAAGCAGUUCACACACAGGGAUAUAUAUGAUCUCUUUUCUCUUGCCCACGAAAUGCGCCUGCAAGUGGAGCGAAAUGGCACAUUAGAUAUUCUGAAGGGCAAAGUUCUUUGCACUUUGUUCUAUGAGCCAUCCACUCGCACCAGUGCAUCGUUCGAUGCAGCUAUGAAGCGCUGUGGAGGGGAGGUGAUACAAGUCAAUGUUGAUGCCUCUUCUGUGCUGAAGGGCGAGAGCUUGGCCGAUACCAUACGGACGCUCGGUUGCUACGCCGACGCCAUCGUGAUCAGGCAUCCUGAUGUUGGAAGCUCACAGGCGGCAGCGAAAUUGUCUCCGGUGCCUAUCCUGAAUGCUGGAGAUGGAGUUGGCGAACAUCCAACACAGGCGUUGUUGGAUAUAUAUACGAUCCGUUCCGAGUUAGGAACGGUGAAUGGGCGUACCAUCACGAUUCUGGGAGAUUUAAAGAAUGGGCGGACUGUCCACAGUUUGGUGACUUUGCUUUGCCUUUACUCUGUUCGCCUCAACUUUGUUUCGCCUACGUCGUUGGCGAUGCCUCAGAGUGUCGUGGCCGCUGCCCGUAAAGCAGGGGUUCCUGUUCAACAGUUCGAUUCGCUCGAAGAGGUGCUUUCCGAUACUGACGUCUUGUAUGUCACCCGAGUUCAAAAGGAGAGAUUCGAGAGCGAACUGGAAUGGCAAAGGGUCAAAGACUCUUAUCGCGUUGAUCACGCGCUGCUGUCGAGAGCGAAGGAAGAUAUGAUUGUGAUGCAUCCUUUGCCUCGCGUAAACGAAAUUGAUCCUGAGGUUGACUUCGACUCUCGACGAGCUGUCUAUUUCCGGCAGAUGCGCUACGGACUUUAUAUCCGUAUGGCUCUCCUUGCCAGUGUCAUGGCCUGAAAGCCCACACAAAAAAAGACGAUCCUCUAGUCCACAGGACUAAGUAGGCGCAAAAUAAUCUCAUCUUUGUACUUUUAGGGGGGGUGUUGGACAAAAAGCCUGAGGAUGUAUGUAUCAGUUAAGUUGCUCUGGGACAAGGGUAGACACGGACGAUCAUGAUAACUCAUAGAAUCGCAGCGUUAAAAUUACUGACUUGGAUUUCAUGCUGUAUGUAGAUGCACUGAUGUUAACGCGAACUAAGUUUGGGUUA